CGAGAGUAAGUAUAAUUAAGACUAGAAAUAUAAAAUCAUUAGGUAUGAAUAACUAGGAGGCGGACCCCAAGAGUCAGAGCUUGACCAUCAUAAACAUUGAUGGGUAAGGGUAAAAUAACUGUUCCACGUCACCGAUAACAGGGGGAAGGAACAAAGAUGACAAGAUAACGGGUGUACAGUUCCACAAUCUCGAUAACACUGGCAGGCGAAAAGAAAAAUAAGAUAACUUAGUAUUUGCUACGUGUCACUGAUAACCAGGGAAGACAUGAAGGAUAAGAUAACUAGGAUGUGUUUCUCGUCACUGAUAAGAAUGAGAGGCGCGAAGACUGUUUCGAUAACCGGUGGUUUGCUCCAUGUCAACGAUAACAUGAAGGCUUCAAGACGAUAACCAAGACCAAAGAUUGUAAUGGACAAGCCUGAAAGAAAGAUGUCUCUUGAUAGAGAUACACCAGAGUUAAUAUUUAAUGAGGAAAAGAGCAGGGGCUCCACCACAGAAGAGGACACUAAGAGUAAUAAUGGAAAAGUCUUAGAUGGCAAGGAGAGUGCACAGGAGGAAGACAGGAGUGAGGAUGAAUCUGGGCUACCCAGAUGUAACACAGUGUUGGGCCUCCCAUUCAGUGAUCCUCCUUCGGGCUCUUGUCCCCGAUUUUCUGAUGAACGUACACCACUGUUAAGACCGUCGUCUUCCCUUACCGGCCUUUACGCAAGUUCAUGGUCAAUUACAGUGGGUCCCUCUCCGUACACAUCCGACAAUAAGCCCAAAAGGCGACCAUUUCACCAUGCUGUUGCUAGCAGCAGUGCGACCUCAGGUGUUCGACCAGUUGACAGCAGUAAUACCGACACUCACCUCUACACUCGCUACAGAUACUAUUCCAGACUACGAGCAGAUGUUCAUCCAAGUGAACAGGCCUUGGUGAUACCCGACCAUGUUGUUCCUGCAGAGUUGUUCCUGCCGUACAUACCUGGCCACAAACCAGAUGCGGAUGGCAAACAGGCUUCACACAUCACCAUAAUUGCUAUUUGGAAUACAAUGAUGGGCACCUCUUUGAUGACAAUGCCCUGGGCAUUUGGUCAAGCAGGUUUUGCCGGAGGGUUGAUCAUCAUGGUUGGCAUGGCUGCACUCUCCCUAUAUACAGCUAUACGACUCCUUACUCUGCAAAAAACAAUUGGCUUGGAAGGUCCAUCGAUGGAGUUGAGUCGAGUGUGCUUGCAGUUACUGGGAGGAACGCUGGGCAAACUAACUGAAUGUCUGACGGUGAGCUUUUCGGUGCUCACGUUGGUUGGUGCCCAGGUUGUCUAUUGGGUCCUCAUGUCCAAUUUCCUCUUCAAUACGGGAGAGAUAAUCUAUGAUGCGGUAAAUGGUGAAAUACAUAAUGAAUCGUCGAACACCUUGCUGUGUCCCCCAAAUGUGACACAUAAUGACUUGAGUGCACCAGACCCAAGUGAAUUUCAUCGCUGGUGGAAACAAGAUUUGACUGUGCCAUUAUACCUUAUUGUACCCUUUCUCUUCAUCCUUAACCUUCGUGAUGCCAAAAUAUUUACAUACUUCAACUCUCUUGGUGCCAUCUCAGUAUUGGUGAUGUAUGUUUUUGUUGUCUCCAAGGCUUUUAUUUGGGGCAUCAACAUUAACUUCAGCGACCCAUCUGAUGUCUUCUAUGUUCCUCUUUUUAAGAAAACCUUCAUGUGCUUGUCAGGAACAUUGUCCUUGGCAUACUUCAUCCACAACUGUGUCGUCACCAUUAUGCAGGGCAACAGACAUCAAGAAAACAAUGUACGAGACCUGACGCUGGCCUACUUGCUUGUUGCUGCCACCUACAUUCCCAUUGCUCUCUUCUUCUUCACCACAUUCCCACUUCCAAAAUACUGUGUGGUUGAUAAUUUCCUGGACAAUUUUCCUCCGCAUGACUUGGUGUUGGCGGUGGUUCGUGGCUUCCUCUUCUUCCAGAUCCUCACAGUGUAUCCCCUUCUUGGAUUUUUCAUCCGCAACCAGUUGUUCACAUACUUCAUGGGCCCCAGCUAUGAGUACAAGCUUUGGAGGGUUGUUUUGCUUAACACCUGCUUGAUAACACUCUCAGUCCUGGUCGCAGUUCUCUACCCUAACAUUGGUUUUAUCAUACGUUGGAUUGGUGCUAUUGCUGGACUGGCGUACAUCUUCGUGUUACCGUGUGCCACCUACAUGGUUGCGCUCUAUACACAAGAUCAACUCCAUUGGUAUCAGUUUGUGUUCCAUUUUGGCAUUAUUCUUUUAGGAAUAGGUAAUUUUGCUUGCCAAUUUCUUAUUGUGUAACUAAUGCUUGUACAGAAAAGUUGUUCUGCUCGGAAAGGAAACAUUUUGAUGUUUUCAAGGAACAGCUUAGAAGUACUGUAUACAUUAUCUGUAUUUUGUUAGGAUACUCGUGUUGUACCACAGAAACUUGCCAUUUUUUAUUAAUAUCUCCUGAAGUAUCAGGAAAAAUGGCCAGUACUUUUCAUCAAACUAUUUUUUUAAGAAGUAUUUUUAUACAAAUGUAGAAAGUGUUUUUGGCUGUCUUUCACUUAUCUUGGAAACUAUUCUUGAAGGUUAAUUUUUUAAUUACUCUUGAACAAUGGUAUUUUGUGUUCAGUUGCAUUUUAAAGAUAUUGUACGGCUUUUGUCAGUGCAUGAUUACUUUUAUUUUAAUUAUGUUUAUAGUUUAUUUUAAAGAUAUGUAAAUAAAUUACAGUAUGUGAGAUUUGCCUGUAGGAAAGUCUAAUGUGGUAUAGUGAACCAUUUGUUUACAGUGACUGGGGUCAAAGGCUUCGUCUAACUAAAAUUUCUGCUUUAAAUUGAGUGGCAAAAAUGUUAAAUCAAAGUGAUACAAUAAUUUAAGUUAUUAUUAGCUAACUCCUCAAAUAUACUUUUUUGUUACUUUGAUUGUAAUGUUUUAGAGAGUCAAUCUGAUAAGCUGAAUCCAGUGUUUUAUACUGGUUCAUUUAUGUUUUUUUAGAAUUGCUGCAAGUAAAGUUAAAGAUUAUCGUAAAUUAAUUAAAAUUUCGAUAUAUUGAAAAUUAUCUUUAAAUAACAUCGUAUUUUUGCACUUAGAAAACUAUAAUUUUUAUUCAGUGAAUGUUUCUUGUGCACUAUUUUGCAAGUGAUUUGAAUAUCCUGCCGUCAUUAAUGUUUGAAACCAGACCAGCAAGAACAUUACCGAUGAUGAAUGUUUGUCAACAAAUGGUAAUACAGUACUGUAUUUUACUUUGCAUAAUAAAAUGCACAAAACUGCACUUUCAUUUGAAGUAGCUUAAUAAGUAAGGUAUACAAAUGAAGGUCCUAUUGUGCUCUUACCUCCAACAUAAUACAUUGUUAUAUUACAGCCGUGUUGCGGUUAAUUAAGUUUAAUUGUUCUUUUAAGUUAUUCUGUGACAUUGCACACAAUUUUAUAAACAGGAGUGUAAAUGCAUAGCCACAUUUUUCGUAACAGGAGUCUAUUAGAAAGCCUAAAACUCUGGAGUGUCUCAUUGUUCUGCUUUGUAAUAAAGGUUGUGUGUAUAAAGGUAUCAUAAUGGUUAUGUGAUGAACGUUGGAGCCAGCUCAGAUGUCAUUAUGGUUGCUGUUGAACCAUUUACAUUUUUCACCAAGAUGGGGAAAGUCUGUGGCAAUCCUCACCAAUGUAGGUUUUUUUUUUCAAAUAUCACAAACUGGCAACCUUAAAUUAUAGCGCUAGACACGAAAUCAUAUAUAAAUGAUGUGCGCGGUUUCGGUUUUGUCACUGAUAUCAUUUAUAUAUGAUAUGUGCGGUUUGAGGGUUAAUAUCAAGAAAUGUUCAAAAUGGUUACAGGAACAGGAAUUAUAAGGGAGAAAGUACUAAGCCAGGAUGACUUAUACAGCUCAGAAUGGUUACAAGGAGAUUGAAAAUUCCAUCAGUGUACAGUAAUGCAAUCUGUGGUGGUUUCAUAUUUAGUCUGGUGCUCAUGAUUUGAGAAUUCUCAUAAUUGUAAAGAGAGAGGGAAAUUAUAGUAUAGUGAUUCUAAGCUGUUUAAUCAUCUUUAGGUGUCCUAGUCGUAUGUGUGAUAGCAAUAGUGAGGAGACUAAAACUUGUGAAACUCGGAUUAUUCAGGUACUUCUCGUCAUAAGUUGGUAUUACUGUUUUUAAUAUUUAAAUAUUACUUUAAUAGUUAUUAAAUUUACUAUUAUUUAAGUUUUGUGAGGUGCAUGUAGAGGCGGCAUGAGCACGUGGAGCCACAGUAGUGUGUGGCGGGAGGGACGAGUGACGGUGAAUCACAUCGGCAGGUAAGAUAUCUAAUUAAAAUAUUUGGCUGUUGUAGAAUGUGUUUCAUACAGAGGUAUAUUUUAUGUAAAAAUGAUAGUACAAGUAUUAAAAUGAUGUAGGGUACAAAAGGUCAACACUAAGCAGCCAGUGACCUAGACAGAGCAAAUAUCAAACUUCUCAUUAAUUCUCUUAAUUCUUACAAAAUGGAAUUUUAAUUAAUAUGAAAAUCUCUGUUUUAUUUGUGGAUGGGACUUGUAUGUUUUAUCAAAUAUGUACAUAAUAUAUGAUUAAACAUAAUUGUUAAUAUGUAAUAACUAAUAAUUUCUACUCCAUUGUAACUUUUGAUAAUUACUUUAAUAUAAUUAACUUUUAAAACGUAAUAAGUUAUGAAUAGUGUGCUGGAGCUGCCUUAAUACAUUUUGCAUGAGGCAGUUUAAUCAGUUUGAUUACAAUGUUAAAUACUGCACUAACUACUAUUUUUCACAAACAUGAAUUAAAGAAAGCCAAGCAGGGUAGCAAUUAUUAUAUGGCAGCAAUAAUUCGGUAAAUAUUGAACAUUUUGUUUACAUAUGAGCAUUACAGAGCAAAUGUUUUCUUCAAAGCAUAACGUCCUCCAUAUACCCAUGACGGAAGUAAUUUAAGAGGGAUAACAUUGAUGAGUUUUUAUUUUUAUAUGUAGUUAUGAACUUGAUUGAUUAGUAUGGUUGUGGUUAGCAGUAAAGAUUUGACUGUGAUACACAUAAGGGGCAUAACUGGCAGACCCCUCACAGUGUUCAAGA